GUUUGUGCGGCUGCAUGCGCUCCUCUCCAACUGGGCUCUCUUCCUGCCGUCUCUCCCAUGGCUGCCGAGGGCUGGCUGUUCGGUGCCCUCCUCCUGGGGCUGUGGAGAGAGGCGACGUCUCUCUCCUCCCACAUAUCCGUCCCGGACAGGGUGCCUGCACUGCUGGGAUCCUGUGUGGUCAUCCCCUGUUCCUUCCGGCCGGGCCCGCGGGGGGGCGGCCCCGCCCUGUACCAGGUCAGGCUGCACUCCCUGUCCUCCUACCUCCCGCUGAGGCGCACCGUGUUCAGCAGCGAGGCGGGCGGCCAGGUGAGCCGCCAGUUCAGGGGGCGCGCAGCUCUGGCGGGGGACCCCCGGCAGGGGGACUGCUCGGUCAGGAUUGAGGGGGUGACGGAGGACGACAGGAGUUACUACGAGGUGGGAGUGAAGGAGCCAGGUGUCUCGGAGUGGAGGAAGUCAAAGAAAGUCUUCCUCAACGUGUCAGAUAACCCCAGUCAGCCCAUGAUCAGUGAUCCUGGGGCAGUUGUUGAGGGGCAGUUAGUCACCCUGAACUGCACCAUCAGUAACAGCUGCCCCACCCAGCCCCCCCAGGUCUGGUGGAAGUGGGAGAGAGGGAGACAGGCGAAUGAGAGCCGACCCCAGACGCAGGGACCUCCACUCCCCCAGGGGGAGCUUUUGCUGUCCUCCUUCUCCUUCACUGCCUCCUCCCAGGCUCAGCCCAGAGUGAGGUGUGAGGCCAGGUACCAGGGAGGGAGGACCGUGUCCAGCACCAGGGAGCUGCAUGUCAGGUUCCCUCCGAAAGAUGUCGAAGUUCACGUCCAUACCCUGUCUGUCCAGGAGGGGGCGAGCGCGCUGCUGUCCUGCUCCUGCAAAGCAGACCCCCCUGCCACCGAGUUCCUGUGGGUUUACAGCCAGCAGGGGGCGGUGUUCCUCCUCCCCCAGCGCUCACACACUGUGCGUCUGUACAACGUCACCCGGGAUACCAGAGUGCGCUGCACGGCCCGCAGCCCGAUGGGCCAGGCUGACUCCGCCCUCACCGGCAUCAGCGUGCAAUACAAGCCCGUCAUCUCCCCUCAGUCUUUCUGCCGCUGGGAGGGGCAGGUGGUCUUCUGCUUCUGCGCUGUGGACGCAAACCCCAGAGCCGCCGUUACCUGGAGCGUCAACAGGAGUGUCCCGCCAGACAGCUACAACACCUCUGCCUCCGUUUCCCCUGGAAACGGCACGCUGUCCGCCACGCUCAGAGGGGAUAUGGAGCUGGUGCUGAGCGUGACCUGCUACGCCAACAACGCACUGGGAAAUGACUCCUCCACACUGCUGUACACCCUCAAUGAUGCUCUGCUGUGGAAAGUGCUUCCGGCAGCGGGUGCUCUGGCAUCUCUCCUCCUCGUCUCAGCCCUGCUGCUCCUCCUCUAUCUGUGCCACAGGAAGGCAGGACGACACCUUCUGAACUGCGGGCCACCCUCCGUGUAUCCGGGGAACCUGGGAAUCUACCAGGAUCGAGCCCCCCUCUACAUCAACUGCUCCGAGGUCACCCACAUCUACACCAACGGCAGCUACCAGCUCGUCUACCAGAACUGCACACCACUCUUCGUUCGAAACACACAGCAGCGAGAGGGACGUGUAGCCUGGUCUGACAGACAGCCACGCAGGGCGAGGACAAGACCCGACACUGACACGGAAACACACGUGUACCUGGAGAUCAUUUAACCUUUGACACUCAGUCCGCACUGAUGCAACAGCUCCUGCCAUGGGAUAAGAUCUGAUAUUUUCUCAUAUGAGGGAGAUGGUAUGACCCUGCAGAAUACUAUGAAAAAAAUACCAUUCAUAGACACUAUUACAAUGUCGUUGCUGAGUGGUGUCCUCUUCUGGUCCUGGAAAUCUGUAGUACUGAGGUGCCACUCAGCCUGAAAAUGAUCAGCCACCUGGAAAAGCAGGUGACACAGCUUCCUGGCAAAUAAAUGGAACAGAGCAGGAACAAAGACCUUAAACCUGUGAACUUCCAGUCAAAACCAGACAUACAGAAAGCAGUUACACUGUGUCAUAGAAGGCUAUACUUAUGUAAGCGACUUUCAAUGGUAAUCUGAAGAAUAUUUUACUUCACAUAACCACAUGAAUAUACUGUUCUAUAAUAUUGUGUCAGAAUGACAGUACUGUAGUGUUAACUCACAUAUAUUCAUAUUACCACUGUGACUACAGCACAAAUGGCAUU